AUGUUGAACAACUUCCCGACGAAAGGUACUCCGCUCCCUACCAACUCAACUUCACCGAGUUCGAAGUUUCCAGCAAGACUCCGUGCAGCAAACGGCUCGAGACCAGCGGCAACAGGUGUAAGGAAGCUUCAAAUCAAAAAUCUUAGAACCACCUCCGACUCGGCAGCUAAACAGACAGAAUACUACGCCGCUACGCUCGACAAGCUACGUACUGCAUUGGACUGCGUGGCAAAUGAAACGAAGAUCGGUGAUUCGCUCGAGGAGCUGUACCGUGGUUGCGAAAACCUCGUGCGAGGUGGCAAGGCAAAGGAGGUACACGAUGUCCUACGAAACGGUCUUGAGGUAUUUGCGAAACAAGUGCAAGAGCAAGUAGGGAGCAGAGUUGCUGGUGCUGGUGGCGGUUCCGAAGCAGUGGUCACUGCUAUUGAGCAGAGCUGGUCGAGAUGGUGCGAAAGGUUGGGCAUGAUCAGGCAGAUCUUCUUCUACCUGGAUCGGACGUAUAUCCUGCAAACGCAAGGUCUCUUGUCGAUUUGGGAUACGGGUCUUGAUCUGUUCAAGAAAAGGAUUGCGGAUCAUGAGGCUCUGCGAGCUGACAUGAUGAACGGCGUCUUCUCCUUGUUUGAACGGGAGAGGAAUGGCGAAGCUGUCAAUAUGACUCUUCUGCUGUCGAUCAUCCGUAUGUUGACCGCUCUCAAUCUUUACAGUGCCGUUUUUCACGAAGCAUUUAUUCUUCAUUCCCGGACGUACUAUAUGGCGGAAGCUCAGCGGAAGCUCGGAGAGAUUACGGUACCGCAAUAUAUCCGUCAUGUUGCGGAGCGCUUGCAUGCCGAGUCGGACAGAUGCGUUCGGUACGGACUAGAGAGACGUACGAGGAGGCGUAUAAUCACGGAGGCCAUGGAGAAGGUCAUGAUCGAUGAUAACGCAGAUGAGAUCGUGGAUUCGCUAGAGGAUAUGGUGAAUGACAAUGAUGUUCCUGGGUUGAAGCUACUUUAUGACUUGUUCUUCAGGAUCGAUCAGGUGUCGAUGAUUCGUGCUGCUUGGGUGGACUACAUCCGCAAGCACGGUCUCACUCUGGUUCAGAACCCAGCACGGGAUGCAGAGAUGGUCGGAGCAUUACUAACCUUCAAGGCUAAGCUGAACGAGAUUGUCAAAACAAGCUUCAACGACAACACCCUUCUCAGCCAAGGUCUCCGCGAGGCCUUCGAAAACUUCAUCAACAAACGCCCCAACAAGCCAGCUGAAAUGAUCGCGAAACACGUAGAUGCGCUCCUCCGGUCAGGAAAUCGUGCCAUGUCGGAGAACGAUUUGGAGAGUGAGAUGGAGAAGGCUCUUUUAUUAUUCAGGUUCAUCUCCGGAAAGGACGUGUUCGAAGCGUUCUACAAGAAGGACCUUGCUAAGCGGUUGCUGCUGAACAAGAGUGCGAGUGCAGAUGCUGAGAGGAGCAUGUUGACUAAGCUCAAGACGGAAUGUGGACCGGCUUUUACCCAGAAGUUGGAGGGGAUGUUCAAGGAUAUUGAUGUGUCCAAGGAUUUCAUCUUGUCCUAUAAGGAAACCAAGCACGUCCAAGAUAAGUCAUCGUCCGCAGAGCUAUACGUCAACGUCCUAUCACAGGCAUUCUGGCCAACAUAUCCAGAUGUCAACGUCAUUCUUCCCGAGCACAUGGCCAAGGAUCUCGAGGCUUUUAAACUGUUUUACUUGUCAAAGCAAACAGGAAGGAAGCUGCAUUGGAGACACGCAUUGGGUCAUUGUGAGUUGACGGCAGGGUUCCCGAAAGGGAGAAAACAGCUAAGCGUGUCGCUGUUUCAAGCCGUGGUUAUGUUACUAUUCAAUGAUGUCGAGGAUGGACAGUCCCUGUCGUUUAAGGAAAUCAAGACCGCUACCAAUCUCGACGACAAGGAGCUGCAGAGAACGCUGCAAUCGUUGGCGUGUGGAAAGCACCGCGUUCUUACGAAAGAGCCCAAGGGCCGCGAUGUCAACGAGACUGAUACGUUCUCCGUCAACCUAGGUUUCAACGACAAGCUCAUUCGUAUCAAGAUCAACCAGAUCCAGCUCAAGGAAACACAAGAGGAGAACAAAGCUACUCACGCUGGAGUCGCACAAGACCGUGUAUUCCAGAUCGAUGCAGCCAUCAUUCGUAUCAUGAAGGCCAGGAAGAAAAUAAGUCACAGGGACCUGACCGGUGCGCUUUACGAGACCUUGAAGUUUCCAAUCCAACCAGCCGACCUGAAGAAGAGGAUUGAGAGUUUGAUUGAACGAGAUUACAUGGAGAGGGCGGAGGAUGAUUCCAACACAUAUCAAUACGUUGCAUAG